AUGGCCAAGGCAAGCCUCGCGUUCCCACUUGCCCCACAAUGUGGAAAGAAUCAUUAUGGUACUUGCAGGAGAGCUCCUGGUGCAUGUUUUAAUUGUGGGAGCUUUGAUCAUAAAGUGAAGGAUUGUCCUAAUCCUAAUAAUGCUCCUUCCUUAAGAACGGAAGGCCCAGUUCAUAAGCCUUCUAUUAAUCCUCCUCAAACUAAUAGAGGUGCAAGACCUAAAAACACCCAAGCAACAGGUGCAAGUGGAGCUAAUAAAGCUACUGGACCAAGGGCUACUACACACGCUUAUGAUAUGAGGCAGAGGUAUGAUCAAGAUGGACAAGAUGUGGUUGUCGGUAAAUUUUACUUAUUUGUCUUAUGUGUAUUUACACUAUUUGAUCCUGGUUCUACACAUUCCUAUCUUUGUUCAUCACUUGUUCUUCCUGAAAACGUUAAAUCUAUGAGACUUAAUUAUGAUGUGCUGGUUGAAAGUCCUUUGGGUUAUUGA